AUGAAGACCAUAUUGGAUGAUCCGACCACGGACGAUACCCUGAUGUUGGCGAAUACCAUUAACGAGUGGUACCGUGCUUCCCUCGGCCGAUUUGAGCGAAUAUAUCCCCAAUACGGUCCACAGAGCGCAAACAUGAUGAGCAUGAUCGACUCAGCCGGUGGCGACGGUCCCAGCGUGUGCUUGGGUCAACCCGGCACACCGCGCUAUUACGAUGCUCUGCUCUAUCAGUUCGUCCAACGUUUCGGCACCCCGCCGGCUGAAGAAGCCUCUAGUGUCUCCACAUCCGUGGUUGGAGUCAAAGAAACGUCAGUUAGAAGUCCCAGUAAGCAAGGGGGUCACAAUUUUCGAAUGCUCUCAAAGGCACUGGGAAUUUCAAUCAAAGGACUACUUUUCGUCACUAAACUUGCUGAACAGUGA